AUGUUUCGCAACCGAAACAACACCCAGAAGCCCGACGAUGACUUCAUCAGUCGCUUCCAACAGACCUUCUCCGAUGUAGUACCUCGUCGUGAAAGUGAGGAUGAGGGAAGUCAUGGCCAUUUCACAGGAAUAGGCGGAUCGAAUGUGCAAGGCCACGACGUGAAACUAGAGGACCACAAUAUGAAAUUCAUGCCCGAGCGUACACCCCGGAACCUACAAGAUCUCAAUUUUUCGCCGUCCUGGAUGGAUCCAGCCUCAAUGAACAUGAUUCCUAUGGCCAACCAACACCCUGGCUUCUACACCCCCAACUCCGGCGGUAUGGGCGCCGUUUUCCACAGCCAAGCAGGCGACCUGCACACACCAACCGCCGGCUUGCACACUAUGACUCCGCUCUCGCUCAGCAAUCCCAUUACAGGGCCCCAAAACCAUCCUGUAAUGGGGCAUUUCAGCCCCCAGUUCCUUGGACACCAGAUGCCUGAAAUGAAUCCUUACUUGCAAGCCUCUUACGCACCGAGCGCUUUCAUGCAGCGCGAUCCAGGUUACGAUGUCAUGGAUGAGACAGUGGAUGACUCUUCGGUCAAUGGAAUUCAGCUCGAUACAGCUUCAAAUAUCUCCAGUAUGACAGCCUCGACGGAAUUUUCAUCAGUCCCUGCCACUCAUCCGAUUGGUUUAACAUACGCCGAUUCCGUUAUAAUAGUUUCCUUGCGUGCUCCGACCGCAAUGGUCAAGCACGCGAGAGAGAUUCCUGUGUCCUACCUCAAUAAGGGCCAGGCCUAUAAUUUAUCAGUAGUGGAUUCGCAGCCGCCGAUGCCCAGCUCCGGUCCACUACGUUACCGAACCUUUGUCCGCGUCUCAUUCGAGGAAGAAGAGCAGAGGUCGAAGCCAGCUGCCUGUUGGCAAUUAUGGAAGGAAGGUCGAGGUACUAGUGAAGCACACCAACGAGGAGGCAAACUUCUAGCCGUCGAAUAUGUGGACCCGCUUCAAGGCGGCGAUGAACAUAAGCACCGCCAAUUGCAGAUCGAGCAGAUGUCCUUUGAUGGGUUCUGUGUGACCUGGACCGCCAACCCAGCUACUGGCUCUUCCGACUGUAGUAUUCCCGUGCGAUUUAACUUCUUGUCUACUGAUUUUAGUCACUCGAAGGGUGUUAAGGGUAUCCCUGUUCGGCUUUGUGCGAAGACCGAGCUUCUCUCACCAGGGGAAGAUGCGGGUGGUUCGCGCGAGCCGGAGGUGUGCUACUGCAAGGUCAAGCUCUUCCGAGACCAUGGCGCUGAACGAAAACUGUCCAACGAUAUUGCACACGUUAAGAAGACCAUUGAGAAAUUGAAGCAGCAGAUCGCUCAGGCUGAGAUGGGCGGUGGAUUUGGCAAGCGCAAGCGUGGCACAAAUGCCUCCGCGGGCGUGAAAUCAACAGACCGGUCCAAGCCUCCACUGAAGCACAAGCGCGCCUGGUCUUCAGGUUCACAGGAUGGCUCCGAUAAAUUAUCAUUGGAGGAUGAUCUACAAUCGAAGUUGGCCAUGAUGCAGGAUAUGUUCUCGUCAACUCGGUCCAUAAGCAUCCUUGCUCUUCGUGGCGAAGAGGGUGAUGAUCCUGAUCAAUACCCAGUUCGAUUACCGGCGGAAAGCGAGUUUGUUAAAACAGAUGGCCUGAACUACCAAAACCACAGUGCUUCGCAGUCUAUGGAGUCCUUGAUUUUAUCACCGACCAGCAGUCAUGCUUCCUUGAACAUGAACUCACCGCACUUUGGCACUGCUCCGUAUUUGAAAGACAAGAACCUGAACAUGAAGGAAAAGAACCCAAUUUUUGUUCCAAGAGUGGCAUCUAAGGACAGGGUUUCACAAGGAUUCAUCGAGGCUGUGGAUAUCGACCCUACUUAUCGACCUCCUGCUGAGCGACCGCCCAAGCCGAUUGCAUGCUUCUACGUCCGAUUUUCAGGGAACGAGAAUCAUCCCGCUGAUUACUACCGUGCUAUCUACUUAACAGAGCGCACAGUCCGGGACCUAAUGAAGAAAAUCUCGGAGAAGCAACAAAUCGACCCAUCACGGAUUGUUCGCAUACUACACGUCAAUGAAGCCGGGUUACGAAUCAUGGUCGAUGACGAUGUGGUCCGCGAGCUACCGGAAGGCCAGGACAUGGUUGUCGAUAUCUACGAAACGCCUGACGUUGAAGUCAAAAAUCACGACUCGCCUGUCUCGCCUGGCUCCCCGGUGGAGAUCAAAUUAACAUAUUAA